AUGGAUAAGCACAUGAGUAUAUUGGCAAAYCAACAUAUUGAGACARGUUUUGUGAAGAUCCAAGCUGAGAAAAYUCCAUUUUUAGCUGAGAGARMCAAGAUUGUUGUUCUUCCAACUCUUGCCCUCAUAAAGAACACUAAAGUCGAUGAUUAUGUGGUUGGGUUCAAUGAGCUAGGAGGAAAAGACGAUUUUCAGAAUAUGAUGAUUUCAAUGGAUUUUUUCGUUCCUUGGGAGGUACUUAGGAAGAAAGUGAUUCCACCUUCUUGA